UUCAAAAGGCGAGGCGAAAAUUGACAAGCCUGCUUUACAAGACCUGUCUGUAAACAAGCCACGCCAACCUAACCUGCUGUAAGAUUAACGCGUGAGCACUCGUACCACUCCCUCAGCGUCGAAGUGCCACAAGGAUCAUUGAAACGGUGCAGAGCCACUCUCCCAGUACGCAUCUUUGUGCCCGAGGAAUAAGAACAGACAAGCCAGCUGCAGUCUGUUCCGUCGCGCAUUCACCUCACUCCGUCACCAGAACUCGACCUUCGAGCGUCGUUUUGCCAGCUCUUCCGGAAAAAAGAAGAAAAAAAAAGCCGAGAGGGUACGAUCCGAGGAAGCGGCUUCUUAAAAACGCGCACGACGGCUUCGGUGACAGUCGCGAAAGCGGUGCCCAUCGCUCAACAUCGCAGGCCGUAAGCGCUGCGUUGUGACAGGUGCAGCCUGCUGGAUUACACGCGCCAUAGUCGCAGCCUCCUUUAGCCGAGUGACUGUAGCCGGCACCGUCCAGCCAUGGGCUACUUCGGCAUCGAACACACCCCGCUCUACAGAAUCAUCGAGCCCCUCGAGAAGGCCCGGGAUCCGCGCACUGUGGGCUGGUUCUACUCCGGCGACCCCCUGCCCAUCCACCUGCUCAUAGCGGUGUACGUGUGCAUCGUCAAGUUCGUCGGACCCGAGUUGAUGAAGGACCGCAAGCCCAUACACCUGAAGACCCUCAUUCGGAUCUACAACCUGUGCAUGGUCGCACUCAACUUCGGCUUCAUGGUGUUCUUCUUCAAGAACACCUAUCUGCGCGGCAAUUACAACUGGCUCUGCACGGGCAUAACCUACGAGAGCACGGAGCAGUCCAUGACGGUGCUGAACGCCUGCUGGUGGUACCUGCACGUGCGCAUAGCCGAGUUCCUCGACACCGUGUUCUUCGUGCUCAGGAAGAAGAACGAACAGGUGACGAGAUUGCACGUCAUCCACCACUGCAUCGUCGUCUGGAACGGCUGGGUGGGCCUGACGUUCGGCGCCGAAGGCCAGAUCAUGAUCUGCAUCUGCAUCAACUGUCUGGUGCACGUCAUCAUGUACUCCUACUACUUCCUGUCCUCCUUCGGGCCGGCCAUGCGGCGGUACCUGUGGUGGAAGCGGUACCUGACGAUGAUGCAGAUUGCCCAGCUGUCCUUCUUCGUUAUUUACGCCAUGGUGCCCAUGGUCCACGAGUGCAACUACCCGCGCAUCCUGCUUUGGAUCGGGUUCGCUCAGGCGGUUGUGCUGCUCAGCCUGUUCUGCAACUUCUACCUGCAUACGUACAAGGGAGGCGACCCGAGGCAGCAUUCGCCAGCCAAGGAGAGAGUAGAGUGAGCACUCCAAAGCCGUAGUCGUGGCGGGGAACAAUGUUUUUUUUUCCUUUAUUGUGUAAGUAUCGCGUAUGUUUCUAAGCGCCGUCGACAUACUUACAAGUGCCUUGACAAGCGCGUAAGUCGGUCGUGAGUGGAGUUCUGGUUUCGGGAUGUCCUUCGUCGCCUCGUCAUGCAGUUUCGUGCGCUUGUGUUCGGCUCUGUGAGUGGUGUGACAACGGCGACCUUACGGCCAGCUUGUGCAACAAGUGUGACCGACCUGUGCUCCACACUCGAUGACGAACUCUGGCGUAGAGCACCGGCGGGCGUUCUGUGGGUCCAGGACAGUGGCGCUGCAAACGUUCUUCAUGAAGGAAGCAGGAAGCGUUGGCCGACGUUCUCGGAUGCGACCGUGGCCACCAUUAAAUGGGCGAUUUGACUUUCGCCGCCCCUGUUCAGAGCUGACUCACGCUGAACGUUCGGGUGGUGCACCGACUGCGCGCGCGCGUUCAACGCCAGUGCAACGCGGCGUUUCCUGCUUUCGGGACUCCUUUGUUUGCGAGACAAGAAUAAAGUAGGUCUUUUCAUCGA